UAGGUUCCAAAACCAUAUUUUCAAAACCUACCCCAACUUUUUAUUUUUUGUUAAAGUUUUUUCUAAGGAAGAAAAAUGAUGAAACAGAUUUUUUUUCUAUUCUGUUUUGCUUCUGCACUUACCCUUUCAGUUUCUGAGUCCAAAAUUUCUGCUUCUUUGAAACCUCAUGUUGUUGAGUCCUUUGAUGUUGGUUAUAUCAAGAUGAAAAGUGAACAAAACUGUUCUUAUCUUGUGAGGAUAUCAACAAGUUGUUCUUCUCCUAAGUUUACUACUGAUAAGAUUAGUAUUGCUUUUGGAGAUGCUAGUGGCAACCAGGUGUAUGCACCAAGACUAGACGAUCCAAUUUCAAAAACAUUUGAGCAAUGUUCUUCAGAUUCAUUUCAAAUUGAUGGACCAUGUGCAUCUCCAAUUUGUUAUUUAUAUCUAUAUAGAUCUGGCCCAAAUUACAAUGGUUGGAAGCCCGAAACCGUGAAAAUCUAUGGAUAUGAUUCAGAGCCCAUUACAUUUACUUUUAACACCUCCAUCCCUAGUGACACUUGGUAUGGAUAUAAUUUGUGUGAUGCUCCUCCUCCUUCAUCUUCCAUCCAACUAUCCAUUCACAAAUUGAUUGUGUUUGUAAUGAUUCUUGGAUCUGCUUUUAGUAUUUGGAUGUAAUUUGUAAUUUUUGUAUAUUUGGUUUUUCGUUUGGAUUAACAAAAUCGUGGCGAGUUAUUGUGAUUUUGUAGAAGCUAUACUUUAUAGUUAUUGCAAAAUUAUAAUGAUUCAUCAUGAUUUUGCUAUUUUCGCGUAAAAUCAAAUAUGCACUUACAUAUUUUUCUCGUAUGUGCACUUAAAUGUUCUAUAUCUCCUUUUUUUUGUAUUGCCACGAAACUUAAUUAUUAGGGUAAGUUUGGCCUAGCUUUUUAAGGGUCUAUGUAUCUUAUUAGUACUUAUGCUUAAAUAGGAUAUGAGACCUUGUUAGUACUUUAUGUUGAAUUAGGGAUAUAUGACUAUGAGAUAUGCAGAACAUUAUUAACUUUUAUAUUACGCAUGUUCAAUUUGGUA